AUGGACAAGCCUGACUGGAAGAAUGUCAGGAUAGUUAAACAUACAGCUGAGAUUCUUGGUUCAAAGGAAAGUCUGUAUACAAAACAGCCUGGGAGUAUCAGUGCAGAGAGCAGAGACUUGUUGUAUCUUCAUCUUGUGUCUCAGAGCCAAUCCAGAAAGACAGUGGUCGGACUGUUUGGAUAUGGAUCUGCUGGAAAAACAACGCUUGUUAAGGCAUUUGGCAAAGAAUGCAGUAUUCGUGGAGCAUCCGUGCAUAUCCAUACAGAAACACUGUAUGAGAAGGAAAGAGAAGCUACACUACAUGUACAUCCGAUGGUUGCAUUCUUAUCAGGGAAGCACACUCCAUCACACGUGCUGACGCUUAUAGACACAUCAGGCCAUGCAGACAUGUUAUCUCAAACCAUUCAGACGAUUGAGUGUGUUGACAUUGCAAUUGUACUGAUUGAUAUAACAGGGCAUCUGUCUUUGUGUCACAGGAUUAUUCUCGAUGCUAUCAGAACAAGCAAAAAGCCAUCUUUUGUGAUUCUAAACAAAUUUGAUGUUAUAGUGAAUGAUGUCAGCCUUGUAGAGAAGAUGACAAAUGAUUUUAUAAAUUCAAUUUGUAGUGUUUUAGAGCCAACUGCAUUCCUUAUUGCAUCAUUUAAGAGUGGCUGGAUUAGAUUAGUUGAUAAAUCAUUCAAUAGUAUUUUCAACCAAAUACCUGAUAGAGUUGAAAAACAUGUGCAAAAUGAUCUAAUUGAUAUACUCGUAGAUAUCAUAUCUAAAUCAGCGAGUAACAGCAUAAAACAAACGGAUUUGAUGAGCAUAUUGGGAUUCAUACUGCUUGAUAAUGUUGUCUUGUGUAGUAUUGUUCCAAAUGAAGAUACGUGUGUUGGAUCGUUAAUCACUGUCAAUGAUAAGGAGAUGAGAAUUGAGAGUAUUUAUAUUCCUGUGUGUGGUUGUUUGAUUGAAACUGAUAGGAUUGCAAGUGGAAUAGGUGUUCUGGUCAGGUUUGAUCAAGAUGAAGUGUUGAAUAUGAACACUGAGUAUGUGAAACCUGAGUAUCUGAUCAAAAGCAUCACAAGGCUACUUGAAACAGAAUUAUAUGGUCUAAGCUUUCUUGAUGUGUUAAAGCCACUAAGAAUGGCUGAAUGCGUAGAUGGAGUUAUCAGGGUAAAAUUAUCUGUUGAUGACCAAGGAGAGUUUGAAAGUGGAGUAAAGAAGCUGAAGUUGGUGUAUUGUGGGUUAGUACAUCAUGCAAAUGUUCUUGGAGGUCCUGGAGAGGCAUUUAUGGAUGCUGUGUUACAUGAUCUGAGAGUCAUGCUGGAGAUCAAGUUUGAAGUUGUUGCUGUGUUCUGUGCUUUGAAGGAAGUUGUUGUGAAUGAAUUUGAGAUGAACGCAGGUGAAAGAGAUACAACAGCUCAAGCAAAGAUAUAUAUGAAUGAAGAAUCUGAGAUUAAUCUAUAUACAGGCAAUCAAAUAUUUGUGAAUAUUGAAUCUGUGAAUGGAAAGUUUACUAAUUCAUCUAUAGAACGAUUACAUAAUAAUUGUAAUGAAAAGGAUUACUUGAGUGCUCAGCAUUUAAGUGAAAAGCUACUGAAUGGCAUGCUUGAUACAGUUCAAAAUGGCAUAAAGGUUUUGGAACCAACAUACUUGAUGGAGAUAGUAUACAUGGAAGAUGCAAAUGAGUUGGUAUGUGAAAUGAUCUGCAUGUCUAAAGCACAGGUAAUACAUGAAAGCAUACUUUUACACAAUGGAAUGAAAAUCAAAAUGUGCCUGGUUCCAGUUUCUGAGUGCUUUGGAUUUGAGAGCGAUCUUAGGUGCUAUUCUUGCUGCUUAGCAAACUGUACAAUGAUCCCAUUCUGUUGGAAUGUCUUGAAUGAUACAGCAAGACUAGACACAUAUAUAAAAUGUAUGGAUACAAUCAAUAGUAUGCAUAAAUAG